AUGCUAACAGAAUUCUAUAUUAAUUUAUCGCAAGACCUAUCACAACUUCUUGAAGACGCCGAUGACUAUAACGUUAAUAUUAAAGUUGGUGAAAAUACCGACACUCAAGAUUUUCGUGCGCAUUCAAUCAUUCUAAGGGCACGUUCUCCUUAUUUUAAAAGGGCACUUUCCAGCCGAUGGACUUUCUCCAAGAAAGAUGGAAUUAUUUUAUUUACUAAACCGAACAUUUCACCUACGAUUUUUACAUUAAUCCUUAAGUAUAUUUAUUCCGGAACUCUUGACUUAAUUAAAAUCUCUAGAUCCGAUAUUCUUAAUCUUCUAGUUGCAUCUGACGAAUUACUUCUUGAUGAAUUAAUCGAACAUAUUCAAGAUCAUCUCAUAAAAAGAGAAUCUCAAUGGCUCAAACAAAAUUCAAUUAUGGUCCUACACACCGUGAUUAAGCUUUUUAGCUGCAAAGAGCUUCAAGAAUAUUGCCUGGAAUCUAUCU